AUGGAGGAAGUCAUAGAUAUUCUGGAUGGGAUAGAAGACGAAGAUUUCGAAGAAGUAGUUCAAAUUAGAAGAGGACCAGUAAAAAUUCGAACAAGAAUUGACCAUUUUACAAAGUGGGAUGAAGCAGAGUUUUUUGCCAGAUAUAGGAUGAGGAAGAGAACGGCUAAUAUAGUGUUGGAAUUGAUCAAAGAGGAAAUAAAGUGUGCAACAAUUAAAAACAGGGCAAUAUCUCCUGAAAUGAAGUUCCUAGUCACACUCAAGUUCUAUGCUUCAAGUGGUUUUUUAAUCAAUGUAGGGGAUCAAAAUGGCAUUCAUAAAUCAACAGUGAGCAAAAUUGUCAAACAGGUAUCAGAGGCUAUUGCACGGUUACGUCCACAAUUCAUUUGUAUGCCAUCAACACAAGAAGAACAGUCAAAGACGAAACUUGGCUUCUUUGAAAUAGCUCGGUUCCCAAACUGUGUAGGCGCUAUCGACUGCACUCAUGUAAAGAUUUUGUCUCCAGGUGGUGACAACGCAGAGUAUUUCAGGAAUAGAAAAGGCGUUUUUUCAAUAAACGUACAAGGGGUUUGUGAUAGUUCCCUGCGCCUUACAAAUAUAGUAGCCAGAUGGCCUGGCUCAACCCAUGAUGCCCACAUCUUUACUUCCUGUAGGCUUAAACAAGAAUUUGAAAAAAAUGGACUGUUUGGAAACGGUGUGUUGGUUGGAGAUAGUGGUUAUGCCUGCAGUAAUUACUUAAUACCCCCUUUAGAAAAUCCAGUUCUUCGAGAAGAGCAACUGUUUCAGGAAUCACAGAUCCGUACAAGAAAUCCUAUUGAACGUUGUUUUGGUGUAUGGAAAAGAAGGUUUCCAGUGUUAGCCCUAGGAAUAAGACUGAAGCUAGAUAGACUGGAAAGUGUUUGUGUUGCUACAGCAAUAUUACACAACAUAUGCAUUAUGGAAGGUGAUGAUACUCCGCCUGUUUCUCCUGAUGAAUUAGCUGCAAUUGAAGCUCUUCAUGAUCUGCUAGGAAAUGACGGCCAAGUUCCAGAAAGGCAGAGGCGAAGAGGAGGAAAUGGACACUUACAGACCCGCAACAAACUAAUUUACGAAUAUUUCAGAAAUAUGUAA